AUGUCAGACGGUCAACUGGACAGUACUGAUGGUCAUAAGAAUGCUGAUGAGACGGCAAGAAUUGGUAUUGAUACUAGAUCUGUUGGUGAUGACAGUAUAUCUGGAAAUGACGAUGGAGACGUUGAUUCGGAAAAUUUUUUGAUGCUAGAUGACCCAGAAAGUAAUGAAGCAAGUCAAGAUAUGACUGGUGAGACAUCAGAGACGACAUUUUCUUCUGAGUUUAUGAAAGAUGUCUAUUGGCAUGGUUCAGUGAUUAAAAUAUACCCAUUAGACUACCAGAAAGUUACGCUAAUAAAACUACAGUUAGCGGCAUGUUUUACGAUAUUCUUGGUAUUUGGAAUGAAUGACCAAGCGACAGGUUCUCUGAUGCCCAGUCUUACCGAUCAUUACAAAGUGUCAAAGGAAGUUGUCUCGAGGAUUUUUAUAUCACAGAUGACUGGUUACACUUUAGCUUCCUUUUCAAAUCACAAGAUUCAUGUUUUACUGGGUCAAAGAGGUGCGUUUUUGCUUGGUGCAUCGAUAGCUAUGAUAUUUCAAGGUGUUUUAGCUUUAAAACCGUCGAGUUUCAAUAUUUAUAUUUUAAGUUACUUCCCAGUUGGAUUCGCACUAGGUAUAUUAGAUGCCUUGUGUAAUGUUUUGAUCGGCAGCCUGGAAGUGAAUAAUAAUGAAUUGUUGGGUGCGUUACAUGGGAUAUAUGGUGUGGCAGCAAUGUCGACAGCUCCCAUCGUCACAUACAUUUCAAUUAAUCAUUCUUGGAAUCUGUUUUUCUACCUACCAAUAGCUUUGGCUCUCGUAAGUAUCGUUAUUGCCAUUCCUGCUUUUAGAUAUGAGACUCCUGCAAAAUAUAUUUAUUCAACCUCUAUUAGUGACCAAGAAGAAAAUGAUACAAGCGGUACGUCAAACUUCAACGAUAGGAGUACAGAGAUGGUUGAUGGGUCCUAUGAUUCUUCGUUAUUAACUGGUUCAGCAUCAUCUUCAUUGGAAUACCUAAGGAAUCCAAUGAUCAUAUUAUAUUCAGUGUUCCUGUUCCUAUAUCUGGGUGCUGAAAUUAGCACCGCAUCAUGGUUAUACACCUACCUACUAGAGACAAAAGCAUACGAAAGGUUCAGAAUGUCAUUUGUCACAUCGUGCUUCUGGUCUGGUCUAACUGUUGGAAGAUUCAUAUUGAGUUUCUUUACAAAGAAGUACUUCAAAAAUGCUUAUCGUGCUAACAUGCACUAUGCAUCUCUCACGCUUGUACUUUUCACAUGUUUUGUGUUGCUUGGGUUAAUAAAUUCAUCCAGCUUGCUGUACUCGAUUGUUAUAGGAAGUGUUAUCUUUGCUACCGGUGUAUUCUUUGGACCAUUGUUCCCGAAUGCAAGUCUUGUGGCAUUACAAGUUCUACCAAAAAGUUUACAUAUUUCAGGUGUAGGCACAGCUAUCGCCCUUGGAGGUUGUGGUGCUGCAAUAUUACCUUACUUAGUUGGUCUAGGAAUCAACGGGCUCGGGAUUGCGUUCAUGCCAUUGUUGUGCUGGUUGCUGGUAUGUCUACAGACUCUAGUCUGGGACUUAUAUCCAAGUUUCAUCAAAAAUCAAGAAGAUAAUCUGUAA